AACAUUUCCAAGUGACGUGGAACAGGCGGGCCCUGAGUCUCCCCUACACUUCCUGUGUGGGGUUCAGACACCUGCCUCCCCUGCUCGCUUCUGGUACCUUCUUCAGAAAUGAAGUAAUGAACUGGCUGUGUCCGCCAUCUUAGUAGAGACAGCGUUCUGAGAGGAUGCGGUGGAACGCUUUCUGGGGCGUUCUGGGACUCAGCCUCUUAGCGGUUGGCACUUGCCAGGAAGAUACCGAGGACAUUGAUGGGGCACAGAAGCAAUAUAAAGUCUCCAUCUCAGGAACCAGUGUAGAGUUGACAUGCCCUCUAGAGAGUGAAGACAACUUAAAAUGGGAAAAAGAUGACCGACUACUGCCUAAUAAGAAUGAUAAGCAACUGGUGUUAUCGGAUUUCUCAGAAGCCAGGGACAGUGGCUACUAUGUCUGCUACGAAGAAGGCUCAAAGAAAAACAAGUACCUGUAUCUGAAAGCUAGAGUGUGUGAGAACUGCAUGGAAGUGGACCUGACCACAGUAGCCAUAAUCAUCAUUGUUGACAUCUGUAUCACUCUGGGUUUGCUGAUGGUCGUUUAUUACUGGAGCAAGAACAGGAAAGCCAAGGCCAAGCCUGUGUCCCGAGCAACCGGUGCUGGUGGCAGGCCCAGAGGGCAAAACAAGGAGCGGCCACCACCUGUUCCCAACCCAGACUAUGAGCCCAUCCGCAAAGGCCAACGGGACCUGUAUUCUGGCCUGAAUCAGAGAGCAAUCUGACAGAUAGGAGGGAAACUGCCUUCUGUGGACCCAGAUCCAGCCCUCUGAGCACCCUGCUACUCCUUGUUCUCCGGACAAAUCGUAGAGUCCACCUCGCAGCAUUGUUCUACAGCCUCCUGGAGAACAUACCUCCUAGAACCUUCCUCUCCCGCUUCCUCUGCUAGCAGCAGUACUGAGACAUUGCUGACUCAGUAUCUUUUGAAAUAUCAUGGCUGGUCAGUUGGUCGGCCAACCACCUUGUGGGAAUACUUUUUUAAAGCUGCUCUGAUGCCAUUCCCUGCCAUCUCCCCCCUUCUUCACCAACGUCAUCUCUGCCUUCAAUCCCUUCCCUUUCCUAAUUGGCCCUCAUAGCCAGUCCUCUCCUAGAGCUUUCUGCUUUUCUCUUCUUUCUCUCUUUCUUUCUUUCUUUUUUCUUUUUCUGUUUUUUUUUUUAGAUUUUCUGUUUGUUUUGUUUGUUUUGUUUUGUUUUG